UUUUGUGACAGGCUACAAUAUGCAUGUACAUAUUUUCGUUAUAUAUUCGACAAUAUGAAUUCCACAGAAAAUAAAAAGAUCUAUUUUUAAAACAGUUACCAAUACCCAAACAAGAAGAAAAGGAUAACCUAAUAGUAGUGCAUAUUUAACCUUAUUUUUAUAUUUUUUUUAUAAUAAUGACUAGUUCUUUUAAUCGAAUUCCUGGGUUUUGCCCUGACUGUGGAUCAAUUUUACCCCCUUUGCAGGCUAAGGGUGGCGUUACAUGUUAUGCCUGUUCUAGGGUAUUUUUUGAAGAUGCAGAAGAAGUUUUUGGAAAUUCGAAGGUCCAGUACACAAUAACCUUUAAUUCACGAGAAGCUAAAAAGAAGAACCUUAAAGAAGACAAGAGACAAAAAGAAAAUGAUGAUGAUGAUGAGGGCCCAGUGGUAGAUAGGAAAUGUCCAAAAUGUGGCAAUGACAAAAUGUCCUAUGCCACUUUACAAUUGCGAUCUGCAGAUGAAGGUCAAACAGUUUUUUAUACAUGUACAAAAUGUAAAUACAAAGAAAGUGAAAAUUCUUGAUAUAAUGUGUAUAUGUUUUGUUAUGUAUUUUAAAUAAUGUUGAAUAUUAAUUAAAUCUUUUCAUUUGCUA